AUGGGAUAUAAGAGAAGGCAACUUUCUCUGUUAGUAUUCUACUUUUGUGACAGGAAAACACCAUGCCAACACUGUAUCAGCCGUGGUGUGCAAGACCGCAGUUCAUAUCAAGAAACGAAACCUAAGAGCCAAAGCCAGAAUAGAGGCGGAUAUAGCGACUCUGUUUCAUUUGACGCAGAGGACAGCUCUGAGCUUGGAUACAUGAAACAUGGGCCCGGUGCACUCCAAGAAAUAGAGAGAACGAAUGUCGUUUCGCAGUCAAGAAAGAAACAGGUCGAUAUUACUCAACAAAGUCAACGAUCAAUACGGGAAAUGCUGCCCAAGAAGCCUAUUAUCGACAAUCUUAUAGAUAUAUUCUUCAAAGAAGUCAACAGGGUCUAUGAAAUGCUUUACGAGCCUACAUUCGUGCGAGAUUACAAGCUCUGGUGGCAAGGCAUAGUUCUUGCCGACACGGUAAAGGAAGCCCAUGAAAUCGGUCUUCAUCUCGAACUGUGCCGGAAUCUGGCGUCAGCGACCUCGACAAAGAAUUAUGGAGACGGGCAUUUUGGAAGCUUUAUGUUUGGGAUCGGUGAGAAGGACCCUCUAGAAAGCUAG